AAUUUAUAUAAAUGUGUGCAGGAGACAAGUCUGUCCAUUUCUUGCGCAAGUGCAUCGACUGUUAUCUCAUAGCCAUUCAUUAAACAUGCUUUACCAAAAUUCAUAUAAUCAACAGUCCCCCACACAAGGUCCGCUAGUUACCAGCGCAUACCUUGCACCGACACUCGUCCCGCAAUCAGGUCAAUCAUCUCAACUCAUUCCGACAGCAGCGACACUCUUACCUUCACCACAGCGCAGCUACCCACCCAGUCGCCCUCGAUCUCCUAGUCCCAGUGGGUCAAGAAAUGAAUUAAGAUCCCGCUCCCGAUCCCGAUCACCAUCUCUCCUCCUCGAAACUCCACAAGCCGCAUUUGGGUCUCGCCGGUCAUCAAUGGCUUCUGUGCAUGAUUCAAAUCUUCGCAUACAAAUACCUACCUCGCCGGAGCCAGCCGAGUCCGUUUCUCUCCCAGCUACAGUGACGAUUCAAGUACCCCAGUCCCCUGUUUCACCUGCACUAUUAACAUCCAAAUGGUCAACUUCGCCCACUGUUCAGCAGUCACCGGUUUCUUUUCCUGCCACAGUAUCAGUGCAAUUGCCAAAUCACGGCAUUGAUGCUCCACGAAGUGCGGAAGCAGCCUCGAUUUAUUCACAGCAGCAGUGGGGUGCAAAUGACGUUGACAACGAAACAGUUCUAGCUGCAAGCGUGAGAGGAGGCCCUUCAGGUCUUCAGCUGGCGGUAGGUCCAGAAGCUUCCGCUCAGCUACUUCUCGCAGACCCGUUUGCACCGCUUUCCAAUGCAGACGCUGCAGAGAAUGUUCAGGCUUUGCGAAAUGCACUCAAAGGUGUCGACGGACAUGGUGUUGAUACAAAAACCAUCAUCAACAUCCUUGGCACGCGCACACCAGACCAGUGCACCCAAAUCGCUCAAGCGUACAAAGCUUCAUACGGUAAAUCCCUGGCGGACGAUUUGAAGAGUCACCUCUCUGGUAAUUUUGGAAAGCUAUGCGUCGGUUUGGCAACACCCCUUCCUGAAUAUGAUGCAGAAUGCCUACGAGAUGCUGUGUCUGGUGUGGGUACCAAUGAGGACGUACUCAUUGAGAUCUUGAUUGGGCGCUCCAAUGCCGAACUAGCCGCCAUCAAAGAAGCGUAUUUCGACCUUUACAUGAAAAAGCUCGAAGAUGUAAUAUCAAACGAGACGUCCAGCCAUCUCAAGAAGCUAUUGAUAGCCGUUUUACAAGCAUCACGAGACGAAACGGAACAAAUGUACGAUGUCGAAGCUGAUGUCGAGGCCUUGUUCCAAGAAUCCAGAAAAUCGCGAUGGAGUACUGAUCAAAGUGUGUUUAUCGCCACAUUGUGUGGACGGUCUGACGCUCACUUGCUGGCGCUGUUUGAAACCUACCAGCGGAAACAUGGAAUGCCAAUAGAGUCGCUCAUUAGGAAACAUUCCGGCGGGGACUUGGAGAAGGGAUUAAUUGCAUUAGUUCACUCAAUUCAAAAUCGGCCAGCCCAUGUAGCGACUCUCUUUGAAUCUUCCCUCCACGGUCUUUUUGGGAUUCACGAUAGCACCCUUAUUCGCCUGACCGUGCGACACCGCGACCCAAGAGUCAUGCGGCUGGUGAGGAACGCCUAUGAAGCGGUGUUUGGAAAGAGUUUGUAUAGGCGUGUAGAGGAUGUUACUUCUGGGGAUUACAAGAGGCUCUUGUUGCGGUGUGUUGGAUUGGAUGAGGGUAUUUGAUUUG